UGUUACGCACGCCGCUGGGAGGGCGCGCAUGCGCGGCGGGCAGGAAGCGGCAGCAGCUGGUGCGGGGACAGGGGCUGCCGGGGCCACGAGCGCCAUGUCGGGGCGUUCGGUGCGGGCCGAGACCCGCAGCCGCGCCAAGGAUGACAUCAAAAAAGUGAUGGCAGCUAUCGAACGCGUUCGAAAAUGGGAGAAGAAGUGGGUGACUGUGGGUGACACAUCCCUUCGGAUAUUCAAGUGGGUGCCUGUGGCCGACAGCAAAGAGAAAGAGAAGUCCAAAUCCAGCAGUGCUGCUGCCCGAGAGCCCAACGGCUUUCCAGCUGAAGCUGCAGCAAAUUCGUCGCUUCUCUUGGAGUUUCAGGACGAAAACAGCAAUCUGAGCUCCUUGUCGGAUGCUUAUCCACUCAAGGCAGACAGCAGCCCUGCCUCCAGCCCCAGCCCCCAGCAGAGUGAGUCGAUGAGCCCCACUCACAACUCUGACUUCCGCACAGAUGACUCACAGCCACCCACUCUGGGACAGGAGCCACUGGAAGAACCUGCCCUGCCUCCCUCUGAAGUAGCAGAUGAACCUCCGACCCUCACAAAGGAAGAGCCAGGUCCUUCCGAGGCUCAGGCAGCUGGAGGGGAGGAAGACUCCGGAGCACCCCCACUCAAGAGAUUUUGUCCCGACCAAAAUUCUGCAUGCCAUACGGCCUCCAAGAGCUAGCUAGCCAGCUUUCCCCCUGCGAUAUGGUCCUUCCCCAAGAGUCCAUCUGCCCCCUUACUCCCAAGAUGCUCAUCCUUUUGAAAAUCGGGAUACCUGUCCGCUCCCCUUCCCGCGGUCCUCGUCCUGCUGUUCCUUGGGACUGCGCUCCCUGCUGACGCCAGCUUGCCUUUGUCCACCUCUGCCGAGAGUUGUCCUGUCUCCUGCAACGCAACAUUCCCUUUCCUCUCUCACCCCUCCUCACUUGCACGCCUAAGGGAUGAGGUGCGGCAGCCUCUCUUUUCUCUUCUAUUUUUUUCUCGAUCCUCUGUGGACUCUGGGGUGGGGAUUGUGGCUUAGGAGGUUCCUCGAAGACUGAGGAGUUUUCAGCACUUGAUUGGACAACCCCGAGGUCCCUCUUCCCAUUGGGAACAAAAGGUUCUCCUCGGGAGGAAGGGCAGCACCCGGGGGAGCCCAGCUGGGAUGCCGUGCAAUAGUUGUUGAGUUUUAAGCCAUUAGGACAGGUGGGAGCCAGAGAUUUGCACCAGAGCGGGGAGGUUAUCUCAGCAGCCGGUCUGCAGCCUGCAGGCUUAGCUGCAGAGAAAGGAUUCUCCCCGCUCAGAUCUGAGGAUCUGCAAGCAGCACUUUUUGCCCCAUGCAGGUGGAGCCAGGCUGGCAACAAGGGAGCUGUAUGCCUCUUGCCUCAAGCCAGUGGGGGCCUGCCUCUAAGUAGCCCCCUUCCUUUGAGGAGGGGGCUUCCCAGCUAGUGCAAUUGCCCCCAAUUCGCUUGGCCCCUGCAAAGCCUGUCCCCGUCACAAUCUGCAAGCGGAAUUGAGUCUGUGAUUGAGACCCUGCCGCAGCAAGAAGUGCUGCCUCCGCGGGGAAGCAAAGAGAUAUUUUAGCACUGAAGAGAAUAUUUUUAAAAUAAAAAUAUUUGAAAUAGA